AUGGCAACCGUUGACACGGAACUAAAGGAUAUAGGAAAGCAGCGUGGGAUGGAAAUAUGGCGAAUUAAGAAUUUUGCUUUGGAAAAGUUGUCAAGAGAGCAGUUCGGAAGUUUCUACGUUGGUGAUUCAUAUAUCCUUCUAUAUACAAAAAAUCCAGGCGAAUGGAAUGUCCAUUUUUGGCUGGGAGAUGAAACAACACUGGAUGAACAAGGAGCAGCAGCGAUUCUAACCGUAGAAAUUGAUGAUGCACUUAAUGGACUACCUGUACAAUAUCGCGAAGUUCAAGGACAUGAAUCGUCGCUGUUUUUAUCUUACUUCAAGGAUGGCAUACGAUAUCUGAAAGGAGGGGUAGCAUCCGGCUUCACACAUGUCAUAGACAAAUAUGAAAAUUGGAAACCAAAACUGUUCCAAUGCAAAGGAAAGCGGAACGUACGAUGCAAAGAGGUGGAAUGCAAAGGCGAAUCACUGAACCUUGGAGAUGUUUUCAUAUUGGACUGCGGUCUGAAAAUAUAUGUUUGGAUGCCACCUGAAAGUGGAAGACUUGAAAAAAUAAAGGGAAUGGAGCAAGCAAGGAGCAUUCGAGACCGUGAAAGAAUCGGAAAGCCUGAAAUAAUAGUUCUUGAUUCUGAUUGGAAUACGAACGAUGAAUUUUGGAAGAUUUUGGGUGGUAAGAAAAAUGUUAAGCCAGCAGAGGCCGGUGGAAAGGACGAAAAUUAUUGGCAGACUACUAACAAUCAGCUGACUCUUUGGAGAGUAUCAGACGAGAUGGGCAAGAUGAGCGUGCGGAUGGUUUCCAAAGGGAAUUUCCAAUACAGUCAACUUGAGUCAAAGGAUGCUUUCAUACUGGAUGCCUACAACGCUGGGAUAUACGUUUGGAUUGGGAAAAAUUGCUCGCCAAAUGAACGAAAAAAGGCUAUGGAAUAUGCGAUCAAAUACAUUGAACUACAGGGAAGGUCGAAAAAUACACAAGUGGUACGAGUUUUGGAAGGUGCGGAGCCGGUAGCAUUCACGCAAUGGGCUAGUUCCUGGGAAAGUUCCAAGAAGAUACCACCGUUCAUUCCUAAGUUAUAUCAAUGCAGUGACCAAAAUGGCAGACUUGCUAUUGAAGAAAUUUGUAACUACACACAAAAAGAUUUGGAUGGUGAUGAUGUGAUGAUUUUGGAUACUAUGAAAGUCAUUUACGUUUGGGUCGGUACCGGCGCUAAUGAGCAGGAAAAAAAACUCGCUGAUGAAGCUGCCAAUAAAUAUCUGCAAGGUGACACACUUCCACGCCCGGUCGGAGCUGAAAUUGUGAAGGUGCUGCAGGGUAGAGAAACACCUGAGUUCAAGAAAAUCUUCGAUAACUGGGAUGAUCAUAUCACUGUAAGAUAUUUCAUUAAUUGUGAUAAGCAAUUAAAUACAGGAAUAAAGGCCUUGCAUGCUUUAAAAAUUCUAAAAAAUAUUGUUGCAAAUAUUUUAUUUGCUUUAAGAGAACUUAUGUAA